AGAGCAAUAGAUAAAGGACUAACAUUUUAAAAACUGACUACACAGUCUGCACCUUUUUGAGCUUCUCUUCAUCAUGGCAGGACCAAAUGAAAUCAAUAUUUUCCUGCUGGGAAAAACUGGUAUUGGGAAGAGCAGCCUGGGAAAUACCAUCCUGGGAGACAGUCUGUUUAAAGGAAAAACAUCUCCUACAUCUGAAACAGAUUUGGGCCAAGCAGAGGGAAAAUACAUCAAUGGGGUACCUAUCAAAGUGAUCGACACUCCUGGCCUCUUUGGCACCACCAUGGAUGAAGAAACACUGAAGCGUGAGAUAAUACACAGUGUCAAACUGUGUGCACCCAAGAUUGAUGCCUUUAUUAUCGUGCUGAGAGUGGAUCGAUACUCAAAACAGGAGAAGGAAAUCAUCAAGAAAAUAGAGCAGUUUUUCUCAAAGGAGGCUCUGAAACACGCUGUGGUUGUGUUUACGCAUGGAGACCAACUGGAAGAUGAGAUGACAAUUGAGGAUUUUGUUGAAAAGGAUUCUGAUCUGAAAAGGCUAGUAGAGAGGUGUGGCGGCAGAUGCCACGUUGUUGAUAACAAAUACUGGAAAGAAAAGCAGGAAGGUUACAGGAGUAACAAGUUUCAGGUGGAGCAGCUUCUCAACACAAUAAAAACAAUGAAAAACAGCCAGGGCUCCUACACCAAUAUGCUUCUUGAGUUAGUGGGGGAAGAAAAGAAAAAGGGGGGGGGCUGGGGAAACAUUUUGAUUAUUUCAGCAGGAGUCACAGUGGGAGCAUUGCUGGGAGCAUUUUUAGGUGCUUUUGUGCUUACAAAACUUGUACACUCUGGAUUUACUUCAGCAGCAGUAGGAGCAGUGGGUGGAGCAGUAAUUGGAGGUAUAACAGGAGGAGCUGUAGCUUCCACAUGUGCAACACCAAAGGAAGCUGUGCUGGAAACAACUGAGCAAAUUAUUAAGAUAGGAAGUAAUUUACUAAUGUUGAAUGCUGUUGUCAAAUAAAAGACACUUACAACUGAGAUCUAGAGUCAAGAUCCAGAGUACUGUAAAUAUUUUAUCAUUUUUAUGUUUUAGUCAUUUUUCUUCAGAAGAGCUAUAGCGGCAGAUGAAGAACAAACUUUAAACCAAACAAACCUUUAGAGAAAUACAGUAAUAUCAAUGUGUAAUUCUCAUUUUAUUCUUUUUGAGGUGUUUGAAUUUUUGCUUGAGUUUGAUACCAUGAGGCUGUUUGUCCAAGUUAUUAAUUAGCAGUGAAGAGUGUUUUCAGCACACGAUGUUAAUUAAAUCUUAAAUGCCUUAUCUCUGAUGUGAUGUGGGGUAAAUAAAAUUAUUGAGCUUUUUUCUGUUUGCUUAAACU